GAUGGCCGCUCCCUUGGCAGUGUGCGAUUGACAACGCCGGGCGUUUCACACUUAUGUAUCCCUUUCCACGGGAAAUCCGUCGUUGUUACGUAAUCAACAGUCUGAAAGACUAAUUCAUAAUAUCAAAUUAUGUGGAAUGAUUUUAGUGUCAAGUAAAAUAUUGCAUCUGUUCAUGGAGUAAUCUUUUUAUCACAUUGAGAGCCUAUCUAUCAAAAUGUUAAUGUGCAGUGGUUUAUCAAAUAUGACGCCAUCACCAAAAUGUAUUUGGAUUUAAUUUGAAGUGACCAGUACGUGGGGAGCAGUCGUGAUGGAAGACGACACAAGCUGGUGUGAUAACUGUCAAAAACUGAGAGGGGAACUAGACAGAGUUCGAGAAGAGCAAACGUUAAACUGUACUGUGGUAAAACAAAAAAUCAUCAACACGGACAGAUUGAUCAAGCAGUACAGUCGUAAGUGUCAGGAGUAUGAUGCGCAGAGUAAGAAACUGGAUGACGCAACGAACAAGCUGAUGUCAUCAGAGAGAGAUUGUCAAGCACUCCAAGUUCAGUUAGAGAGUAUGUUAGUCGAGACCGGACGAUUGAAACAAGAAAUCCAGCUUGCUCAAAACAGUAACACUGAAUUAGCGAAACAGAAGACAAGAAUUGAAAAUGAGCAUAUGGGUUGUAAGCUUUUGAUUCAACAGUUGGAAAUCAGCUUGCAGGAAAAGGAAGAUGGAGAAGCUGAGAUGAAACUGAAGUGUCAGAUGUUUAAAGAUGAAUUAGAUAAAAAUAGAGUUGAGAUGGCAAGAAAGGAGAAGGCUGUGAAUAAAUUCAAAGCUAACCUAGAUAGUAGCAAGAAUAAGGUGCAAGAGUUGAAAAAGAAUAAUAAGCAGUUGGAGAAUGAGCUUGCAAUGGUGAAAAGAAAACUUGAAAAGUAUGAAGUACAUAAUGCCAGCAGGGCUCUACAAAGCCUCACCCGGACAAAUUCUGCCCUCCGCCGAGAAGCUAGAGGUCAUGUGAAUGUCAUUGAAGAUGGGAAAAGACGUCUUUUCUCUGAGCUUCAGUCAGUGAUUGAUUUUUCAGCAACUGAGUUGCCGUCGCAAAUAAUGCCAUUGUCGCCAAUCUUGUCAGACUCGGACGAUGACUUGGACUAUGUCAGUGUAAUGAUAGAUACUGCUUUAGAUAUUGAUCUUACUAGGAAUGAAAGACUACCACAUCUGAGGAACAGUAGCAUUUUAAUUGAUGACGAUGAGAGUUGUGAUAUUAGCAGUCUGUUGUUGGAGAAUGCCGAGAAUGAUCCUCAGAAACAUGACAUUGCUUCUAAUGCACAUUUUGUUGACACUUUUACCAAAGAUACAGAGACAAUUUUUGGAAACAUUGCUGACAAAACCGAUCAUGAAAGUGAGAGUGACAUCACACCUGUUGAAGAUGUUACAGUUAUUGAAAUGGAGGAUGAACUAGCUAGACAUAGUAAUGUUUCUAAUGUUAAACAUGAAAAAGAACUAACCAGUCAUGAUAAUGUUGGAGAUGUUGAACAUGAGGAAAUAACCAGUCAUGAUAAAGUUGCUGAUGUUAAACAUGAAAAAGAACUAGCCAGUCAUGAUAAUGUUGGAGAUGUUGAACACGAAAAAGAACUAGCCAGUCACGAUAAAGUUGCUGAUGUUAAACAUGAAAAAGAACUAGCCAGUCAUGAUAAUGUUGCUGAUGUUGAACAUGAAAAAGAACUAGCAACUCAUGAAAAUGUUGCUGAUGUUGAACAUGAGAAUCUAGCUACUCAUGAUAAUGUUGCUGAUGUUAAACAGGAGACGAAACUAGCCAUUCAUGAUAAUAUUGCUGAUGUUGAAUGUGAAAAUAUUGGUGAUGGUGAACAUGAAAAGCAACUAGCGAGUCAUGAAAAUGUUGAUGAUGUUGAACAUGAAAAUGAACUAGCCAGUCAUGAUAAUGUUGCUGAUGUUGAACAUGAAAAAGAACUAGCAACUCAUGAAAAUGUUGCUGAUGUUGAACAUGGAAAAGAACUAGCCAUUCAUGAUAAUGUUGCUGAUGUUGAACAUGAAACAGAACUAGCCAUUCAUGAUAAUGUUGCUGAUGUUGAACAUGAAACAGAACUAGCCAUUCAUGAUAAUGUUGCUGAUGUUGAACAUGAAACAGAACUAGCCAUUCAUGAUAAUGUUGCUGAUGUUGAACAUGAAACACGACGAGCCAUUCAUAAUAAUGUUGCGGACGAUGAACAGGAAACGAACCUAGCUAUUCAUGAUAAUGUUGUUGAUGAUAAACAUACGGAGAAACUAGCCACUCAGGAUAGUGUUACUGAUGGUAAACUUGCCAGUGGCCAUGAUGUUCAACAUAAAAAUGUCCUUGCCAUUCAUGGUAAUGUUGCUGAUGAUAAACAUGAAAAGGGACUAGCCAGUUACGAUAAUGUUGAUGAUGUUGAACAUGCAGAGAAACUAGCCACUCAGGAUAGUGUUACUGAUGGUAAACUUGCCAGUGGCCACGAUGUUCAACAUAAAAAUGUAAAUGCCAUUCAUGGUAAUGUUGCUGAUGAUGAACAUGAAAAUGAACUAGCCAUUCAUGAUAAUCUUGCUGUUGUUAAACAUAGUAAGGGAGUAGUCAGUCAUGAUAAUGUUAGUGUUGAACAUGAAAUGGAACUAACCAGUCAUGAUGACGUUGCUUCUGCUGAACACGAAAAAGAACUAGCCAUUCAUGAUAAUGUUAAUGUUGAACAUGAAAGUGAACUGCCUAGGAAUGAUAACACUGCUGAUGUUAAACAUGAAAAAGAACUAGCCAGUUAUGAUAAUGUUGCUGAUGUUAAACCUGAAAAAGAACUAGCAACUCAUGAAAAUGUUGCUGAUGUUGAACAUGAGAAUCUAGCUACUCAUGAUAAUGUUGCUGAUGUUAAACAGGAAACGGAACUAGCCAUUCAUGAUAAUGUUAAUGUUGAACAUGAAAGGGACACUAUAAUGAAUAAUGGAGAGCUAGUGGAUACUAUGAUAAAUAAUGGAGAUCUAGGGGACACUAUGAUGAAUAAUGGAGAGCUAGGGGACACUAUGAUGAAUAAUGGAAAGCUAGGGGACACUAUGAUGAAUAAUGGAGAGCUAGGGGACACUAUGAUGAAUAAUGAAAAGCUAGGGGAUACUCUGAUGAAUAAUGGAGAGCUAGGGGACACUAUGAUGAAUAAUGGAGAGCCAGGGGACACUAUGAUAAAUAAUAGAGAUCUAGGGGACACUAUGAUGAAUAAUGGAGAGCUAGGGGACACUAUGAUGAAUAAUGGAAAGCUAGGGGACACUAUGAUGAAUAAUGGAGAGCUAGGGGACACUAUGAUGAAUAAUGGAAAGCUAGGGGACACUAUGAUGAAUAAUGGAGAGCUAGGGGACACUAUGAUGAAUGAUGGAGAGCUAGGGGACACUAUGAUGAAUACUGAUGAAGUGAGAGACACAGUGAUUGAGAGAAUGAACAUAGUUGGUAGUCCAGGGAGAAUUUUUUCCAAAGAUGAUGAGAAAGAUAUUGUUAGGCCUGGGGAGUGUCAUAAACAUGUCAAUGACAGUUUUGAAAGGUCAGAUAAAGGUGGAGCUGUUCAGCAGAUUUUUGAGAAGCAGAAAGUAAUAAUUGUGGAUGGGAAAGAGAAAGAAAUACGCAUGGAAAGGAAGAGGAAAGAUAGACCUGUUGAAAGGAAGACAGUAAGAAACCUUACUGAUAUGGAAGAAUAUGUAAAGAGUCCCGCUAAGAAACUUGUGAAAUGUAGUGUAAAUGGAGUUAGAAAUGCUGGUGUGUUUGAUGUUGAAGAGGAACUGCGAAGGCAUGACUGUCGUCAAAUCGACAGUGAACGUGAGAAGCAUCCGGGCAGGACUCUUGAACGGAAUAAAAUUGUGCCACGACAUAACGUUCGUCCAUCAGUGCCAUUUCCACGGUCUACGAUUGCUGUCACAAGCUUUGUGAGUGUGGCGGUUGUUUCACGGCCAGUGACGUCAACAAGGACAACGAGCAUCUCGCCUGUUAUUGUCACAUCAACAGCUAGAGAUCACACACCUACUCUGAAGAGAGAAUCAACACCACUGACUGCAAUGUCCAAUUUAACAGACUUUCUGGAUCCCCCGGUAUCACCCCUCCCACCUUCACCUGUGUAUUGCAGAACAGUCACCCCUAUACCUAGUAUGGUAUCACCCCUACCCCAGACACCUAUGCAACCAGUGUUGUCACCAUUGGGGGACAUCAUUGAUAACACAUCGUCGCCCAUCACACCAGGACACACACGAAGCAGCCACUGGAGGUCCCCAUGUAAAUUUCUGGUUACAGCUCCCAAAGAUGCCAUUCCGGUGAUGCCACAUCCUCCUAAUGCAUCCCGGAGUUUACUCCACAUGUUCAGUAAUGAGCCGAAUUCCAAUAAACCGAGCAGGGAAAAAUGCCCAACAUCACGGAAUACCAUCAAUUUGACUCCCGGAAAUAACAAUGCAUUAAAAUCUGUCAAGCCAAAUGGAAUGAGUUCCACAAUGACAAAUAGUCGUUCAUCGUUUGAUAUGUCUAAGCUGUCUGGAAACUUUACUUGCAUCUCUUCCAAGAGAAAGUCCUGCACUGUUGUGACAUCAGCACCAAAAAAAACUGAACCCACAAAUGUAGAAAUGUCUCGGCCAGCUUGUGUUACUGAUUCACCCAAACCUGAAGUGCUUAAUGCUGCAAAACCUGACACUUGCAAGACAGCAGAACAGUCAGUUGCCUUGCAUUGUAAAUCGUCCACAGACUUGCCAUGCAGAGAAACUAAAAACUUGAUGUCUUUUAACAGUCAUCUACCAGAUGAUCUCACUACAUGUACAGAAGAAGAUUCAACACCACAACAGAAUAGUUUCUAUUCAGUUGCCGGAACCUCCACUGACGGGAACUUUGAACCCAACAAUAAGCACAAUAUAAAGAUGGCAGAAAAACUGUUAUUUGGAAGUGAUGAAUCUGAGAAAGAGGUUGACUUGUGUACGGAGUAUGAAACUUUGGAAAGGGACAAUGGUGUGAGAAAUUCUGAAAAGGGUUUCCAGAAUCCAAGCACUACUAAAAAAGACAUUGGAACACUCUGGGGGGAACUAGCAAUCAAUAAACAUCAGAUCGAACAGAAAGGAAAGCAAAAAAGGAAAAAAAGAAAUAGGAAGAAGAAGAAGAAAAAGCAACAGCAGCAAAAAAUUGAGGAACAGAAAAAACUGAUGCAGGAUGAGAAAAUUCAUUCAUUGUCAUCGAUUGAAGGGAAUUUCAUCUCAGAUCAAGUUGUGCAGAAUAUUGUAAGCAAAAUAAGACAGAUGAACACUGAAGCAGCUGUUGUGGCAGUUCUGCAAGCCAUACUACAGUAUACCGAAUCUACCUCUUACGAUUUGAUGCCGGCUAUAGCGGCCAAAUGCUGGAAUAAAAAUAACAACACUCAACCUGUGAUUGCACUAAUGGAGGAGCACAUUGUAAUGGAAUUGGCAAAUAAAAUUAAACGUACUUCACAGACCGUGCAGACUUGUUUGCUGCAGGGACUUCAUAAUGCAGUGAUGUCACAUACGCAGUUAAUGCCUUGUAUCGCGCUGUGUAGGAUUUACACAGGUGUAUCGCGGUUGUGUGGAUUCAAGGAGUGUGUGUGUGUUCUAUGUUAUGAUAUAUUCAGGGAAAACAGACAAGACAGGUUGCAUAUAUUGCUUUCAAUUGUUGGCGUGUGGCCAAUGAUUCUCCAGAAACAAGAUUAUGUCCAGCCGGUACUUAGCGCACUUGGACUGGUUACUGGACUUGAACUUAAAGCUAUAGCCAAUCAGCAACAGCAGCAUGUUAUGGUCAACUAUAUGGAUUUAAUGUGCGGAUGGAAGCUUACUGGAGAAUUAAAAGCAGAAACAAUAUGUAUGGAACUUAUCAAGCAGAUCAGAGAGAGGAAACUGGUGUUGAUCAAUUCACAGAGUCAAGGUGUGUUGACACCGCUAGGAUUUGAAAUCAUCAAAGCGUUAGAGCUGUUGGCUGUACAUCAAGGGUGGGAAUGGUGCAAUAACUGGCUGAUACGUGAAGCGAUGUGGCCAAUACUUCGCGAAUGGGGUCAGAAGUUGAAAAUGGACAAAAACACAGACUGUAGUAGCGUCAUCAUGGUUUUUGAUGUCAUCAGAGCUACGGCGAGAUCAGGACUUUUGGAAAAUAAAUCAUCAGUGUGCGAGUUACUGAAGAUGUUGUGUAGCGUGUUGUACCAGGAUGGAGUUCCCUGGUGCGUUCAGUGCAGCGUUGCCAGGUGUGUUCUACAUCUCGCACUUGCUGAUCCUAAUAUGGGCAUAGAAGCAUUGAAUAAAUGGAUGUCCAAGGUGAAGAGACCGCUGGAGUCUGAUAUCAAAGACAGUUUUCAGAAACUCAAAAAUUGUUGUAAAUCAUAA